AUGGCUGUAGGAAAGAUGGAGGAGGAGGAGAUGUUUCUUAUCGCCUGCUCUUAUCGGAGGCGUUCCUGGCAGAAAAGGGACAGAAGCUCACUGGCUUGGCCAAUCAGAUGCAAGCAAGCAACUUCAAACAUUUUCACGGACCAAUAUACAGGAACGCCCUCCACUUUGCUGCUGGCUUAUGAUGCGAUUGAGAGUGAUAUACCUAUAAUUUGUGUCUCUGCUAUGUCCGGGCGCCGUCUUCUUGACGCCAUCUCGUUUCUCAAUGCGUCCCGCGGCGUUGCGAAAAAGCACAUAGUGCUGCAGAGGCAUGCCCUCGACCGUCAUGCGCGAACAUCAUCGUUGACCAAGGAAGCGAAAACCCAGAUUCAACGGAUUAGCCUUGCGGUACAAGCUGCUUCUGAUCUAGCAAGAAAGCUUGAUGAUGACCCUACACCUGGAGUUUCGCUAGCAGAUUAUAAUAAUGCAAGAGAAAGGGAGGUAUCCAGGUCUGAGCCCUCGAAGGUGAACGAUAACACUGGGAAGACGGGUACUCAGAUAGAAUCUACGGAAGCUCCAGGCGUUGGCGUAAAGGCAGGCUUCGUGACUGUUCCUGAUGAGAGCCCAAGCUCGGAACAGAAAGAAAAUGUUGCUAUAAAUGAAGAAAAUGAAAUGUCAGACGAGAUGAUGCAACAACUAUUUAGGAGCCGAAAAGUGACAAGAUCUCUUUUCAAAAACCAGAUUCAUAAACCCGGGCAAGUCAAUUUAAAACCUGAGACUAUUCCGGCGUUACAACUACAGACUGUUCGCCCUGAAGCUGCCCUAGAAACCAAGACACAGGUUGAAGGUGUAAAACUGGAUAUCGCGGGAAAUGCAGAAGUCCAGAGUGAUGUCAUUAAUACCAAUAUUGUCGCGCCUCAGGAUGCUUAUCAAAUGGUCCAGUCAAGAGUCCCAUCUUCUCGAAUUGGAAGGCUAUGGGAAUAUGGUGGGCUAGCAACCUCCAUGGCAAUGGGUGUUGUCGGAGCGGGCUUCCGUCGAGCUACUGGAGGCGAUGACUCUGGCUCCUUGCUGCUUAGCCCUGCCAAUAUAGAAAGAUUAGUGGCUAAAUUAUCCAAAAUGAGAGGAGCUGCUCUAAAGCUAGGACAGAUGUUAAGUCUCCAAGGCCCGAAUUGGCGAGACUUAUUCGAGUCUUUUGACGAGGUUCCUAUGGCUGCUGCUUCAAUCGGACAAGUCCACGGAGCUGUCCUCAAGGAAACAGGUCAACGCGUUGCUGUGAAGGUUCAAUACCCCGGCGUUGCGGACUCGAUAGAUUCGGACCUAAACAACUUGUCUAUACUUCUAACUGCAUCUCGUCUGCUACCCAAAGGGCUAUAUCUUGAUAAAACAAUUGCAAACGCCCGAACCGAGCUUGCGUGGGAAUGCGAUUAUAUCCGCGAAGCAGAAUGCGGUCGUAAAUUUAAGGAGCUCUUGAAGGAUGAUACCGACAUUUUUACCAUACCCGAAAUUAUACCAUAUGCCUCUGGGAAACAAGUCCUUACCAUGGAACGUUUGGAUGGAAUUGCAGUAACCAGGGUCCAGUCUUUCACCCAGUCUCAACGCGAUUGGAUAGGCUCUCAAAUCAUGCGCCUUUGUCUCCGAGAAAUUGGCGAAUUUCGGUACAUGCAAACCGACCCGAACUGGACCAACUUUCUCUACAACUCUGCUACUAAUCGUCUCGAGCUCCUUGAUUUCGGAGCAUCCCGCGCUUAUCCCGCAGCUUUCAUAUCCUUGUAUGUUAGAUUGCUUGCUGCCGCAUCCCGGAACGAACGUGAAAAAUGCCGUGAGCUUUCCCAGGAAUUGGGCUAUCUCACUGGGUUUGAGUCCAAGGCAAUGGUAAACGCACAUGUAUCAUCUAUCACAACUAUCGCUGAGCCAUUUAUGAAAUCGUCUCCCGAGGUGUAUGAUUUCAGGGAUCAAACUAUCACGGACAGAGUUCGAGAGUUUAUCCCGCUUAUGCUUCGCGAGCGCUUAUCUCCUCCCCCUGAAGAAACCUACAGCUUGCAUCGGAAAUUGAGUGGCGCCUUUUUACUUUGUGCUCGGCUUGGUAGCAGGGUAAGAUGUCGCGAUAUGUUCGAAGAGAUGCUGGAGAAGGUAGAAUUUGUGGACGAGAGAUAUAGAGGGAGAGAUGACAUACCUGUAGCUCAAUAA